CAUCCUCCCAAAAAUACAAAAGUACUAUACCAAACAUUCUCCUCACGUGUGAAAGUCAACACCGACAUUGGCAAAUUCAUCCUGUGCCAAAUUGCAGAGAGUAAAAGCCAGAGGAAAAAAAAAAAAAAAAAACACCUCAUCCCUCGUACUGAGACUAUUGAGAUCUCCCUAAAUCCUUCGAAAAAAAGCAAAAAGAUGCUGGGACGGCUGGGCAAGAGGCACGCCGAGAUGGCGGCGUCGUUCGCAAGGUCAGGAGCCGGCUUCGGCGGUGCGGCGUUCCUCGGGCUACUCUACAUGACUGAUUGGCGCGUGUUCGUCACAUACAUCCCCUUCUACGGCAGCAAGUUCGCGAACGAAUCACAGGAACGAGAACCACAAGCGACCACCACACGAUCCUAAGUUGUCUAGUGUCCUGUAAAUUAUAAUUAUAAGAAUUAGCAGUCGCUAA